AUGCUUGCGUGGCUGGUGUUAUUGGCGUGGGCUCAAACCAGCUACGGUUCUGCUCUGUAUGCUUUCUUCACUGACCUCACCAUACAAGUUGGCGCACAAGACCCUACCACGGGAAAGCUUCUCUAUAGUGCCUGUAAUAGUCAUAAUAUCCCAGUUUUCCCCCUCGAAAAGCCGAAUAUCCUCGAUACAAAAGAAACACCGCGCAAUGGCACGGCGCUUACAGCCGUAGGCUGGGGGGACUGGCAAUUUAUCACUGCGCAAGUCUUCUGGCAGACUGAAGAUAAUACGAUCGUGCAGGGGAAAUACAUCUGUAACAUGACGACGGGAAAACUUGUACGCGACCGCGAGUUCCAGAUCUCGGCGGCGGCUGGCGUCGACUCCAUUCAUAACGAAACGGGCCUCUCAAUCGUCAACCUUGGAGGGAAAGAUGGAUAUCGUCUGUUCUAUCAUGACGAGGACAGGAAAGUCAAGAUGCUGUGGUAUACUGAUGAUGAUGGUUGGAACGAUGGGGGCGCCAUCUCACAGGAUACUGCUGGAGGCAUGGCGUUAGGGUCAACGAUACAUGACUUCAAGAACAUUACUGUGCCUUUCCCGAAGAACUCUGAGAAUAUCGAGCUGUCCCGCCUGGAUAAGUCUGGUCUCUGGACGUUAGACGCGUUCCCGAACAAGUUCCUCGGACCCUAUACUAACAACACACUGCCGACGGAUAUGUUUUGGAGUUUGGAAGACGAAGCCGACUUCUCUCUUCCUGCCUGGAACUCUUCCCUCGAAGCCAUCGGCGCAGCAGUGGACCGAGACCGAUCGCGAACACGGAGUAUCUUCUAUAUCGGCGACGAUAAGAAGAUACACGAAGUCAAAUCGACGAAGAGUGGUUGGCAGCUCGGCUCAAACCAAACAGAGCGCGCAUGGCCUGUCGCCGAUAACGCGAGCUCCGGUCUAGCCGUAGUCUCUCAACAGAGCGAAGGCAAAGCUUGGCUGUACUACUGGUCCAACGAUACGAUUAUACAAGCAUUCAAGGAUUACGAUGGCGACUGGGUUGAUGCAGAAACAUUGCCGCAAAAGAUUCCGAUCAAUGGGACAGAUGACAAGAAGCCCAAAGACAGACCAACACAAGAGGAUGAGCCAGAGCCAGAGGGUUCUAAAGGCCUGAGCUCCGGGGCAAAGACUGGAAUUGGUGCUGGGGUAGGCAUUGGAGUCGGCGCGCUGCUGAUAGGUGUUCUUGCCUGUCUAUGGAUGAAGCGACGCAGAGAACGCGCUCACCAAGAAAGGGUCUCGGGUAUCGUGGAAGUAGGAGGAAGUCCUCUAGAGCCGCGAUUGUCUGUUUUCAAGGAGGAUUUGCCCAGAGAAGAUGAACGUGUGGAACCAUCAGAGAUGGCCGGCCAAGGCCGACCAGCUGAGCUGAGCCACCACGAUUCAGUGGUUUACGAGUUGCCAGAGCAUCAUGCGAGAGGAUAG